AACACACAAAGUCCUAGUGAGCUUUCUACUGCUUUAUGUACACAUCUCAAGUGUGUUCACAAGUUAAAUAAUACACAUAAUUUCAUUUCUUUAAGCUCUACAAAACCACCCUUUUAAAUUCCACCAGUCUUUUUGUGCUGCAUUUUGUGAUUCUUGAUGUCUUUGCCUUUACAAGAACAUGAUUACAUAGGCUUAUCAGAGGUUUCUCCAAAAGGAAACUCUGAUAUUAAUGAAAGGAGCAUAAGUAAAGGUCUUAACUUGAAGGCCACUGAGCUAAGACUUGGCUUACCUGGUUCUGAAUCACCUGAGAGAGAAGAUGUUAAUUUGUAUGGACUAAAUAGCUUGGUUUCAUCUGGAGCUAAAAGGGUGUUCUCUGAUACUCUUAAUGGUGGAUCUGAGGUUGAUUUGGUUAAAAAUGGGGGAUUGUUUUCUCCAAGAAGUGCUGAGAAAGUGGUGGAGAAGAAGCCUCAGAGUUCAGCUGCCAAGGCACAAGUUGUAGGAUGGCCUCCAAUUCGGUCAUUCCGAAAGAAUACUAUGGCCAUUAGCCCUCCUAAGAAUGACAACAAUGCGGAUGCAAAGUCGGGAUCAUCUUGUAUUUAUGUGAAAGUCAGCAUGGAUGGUGCUCCCUACCUGAGAAAAAUUGAUCUCACAAUGUAUGACAGCUAUUCGGAACUAUCCUUGGGUCUGAAAAAGAUGUUUAGUUGUUUCACCAUUGGCCAAUGUGGUUCUCAUGUGAUUCCAGCCCGAGAUAAGCAGAGUGAGGGUCUGUUAAUGGAUUUUCUUUCCGGUUCUGAAUUUGUACUUACCUAUGAAGACAAGGAUGGUGACUGGAUGCUUGUUGGUGAUGUUCCAUGGGAUAUGUUCAUCGAGACUUGCAAGAGGAUACGGAUCAUGAAAAGUUCAGAUGCCGUUGGACUAGCUCCGAAAGGCAUAGAAAAGUGCAGAGACGGUAACUAAUGCUGUUUUGCUCAGUAAUUCUAAGAAUCUAGAGAGCCUACCUCAAUGCUCAAAGCCGUAAUUUUGGAUCAAUGCACUUGAUCUGCAAUCUGCAGCACUGACAACUGUUUUGAGUAAGGAGGAUCGUUUUCGAUGUGUUAGUUAAGUAGCAAAACUCAAAUAACCCGCCAAGUAUUUUGAAUGUCUUAAGAUCAUAUUCCGUGAUUGUCUAUCCCCACCUGUACUCCGAAUACUUGGAUGCUAAAAAUUGUAUAUGGCUUUGUUUGUUGA